CCGGUCAGCAAGAAUGCGAAAAUCAGUCAACAUAUCAACUAUCGUAUCCGCUGUACCCUUCAGGAUAGUCGGCAGUUAGUCGGAACGUUCAAAGCUUUUGAUAGGCAUAUGAAUCUUAUCCUGUGUGAUUGUGAUGAGUUUCGUACGGUUAAAAGCAAAAACUCAAAGCAACCUCGCCAGGAAAAGCGCUCUCUCGGUUUAGUCCUUCUUCGUGGCGAGCACAUAGUAAGCAUGAAUGUGGACGGUCCGCCUCCACCGGAGGACUCUGCUCGGGUGCCACUUCCAGGCGCUGGGAUGGGCAUGAUGGGAAUUCCACCGCCAGGCAUGGGACGUGCGGUGGGUCGCGGCAUGCCGUUGGCUACACCGGGUGCUGCCAUUCCUCCACCUGCUACAGCACCGCCGACCGGUCUCGCUGGGCCCGCUUGGGGUGUUGGCGUGCCUGCACCCGGCCUCAUGCAGCCACGAGGUGCUCCACCGCCACCCCCGCACGCCUUUGGUCGUGGAGCGCCCGCACCUGGAAUGACGCCUCCUCCACCCCCACCACCGGGAGCACGACCUCCUCCUCCGCCACCACCGUACUGA